GCGCGCGCACGCAACACGGACAAGCGGGAAAUGGUAUGAGAGAGGCAGUUAGGAGAGCUGAAGCGGGGAAGUCUCUAAAGACAAUAAUAUAAAGGAGAAACAAAGACCUGGGAACAAAAGGAAAUUGGAAAAGAGGGGAAGCUGCAUCACCCCUGUAUAGUAUAGUACAGUAUAGUACACUGGAAGAGUCUGAAAAGAAUAGUAAAAGCUGAAUUCCUAGCACUUUCCUGAAGAACAACUCGGAGGGGGCAAAAACUCCGAGAUAGAGGCAGGGAACACACACACACACAAUGUUAGGAGGCUCAGAGAAAAGGUGCAAUGCGGGUGGGGAGGACGAGGGAUAAGAUUUGGAAGAACAGGAUGCCAAGGUCAGGAACAGGAAGGGGAAAGGGGGGAGUGGAGAAAACAGGGGGAAAGGGGAUAGAGAGAAGAGACAUGGGAUCAACAGGUCUAAAGGGCCCCUGAUCUUUAGCCUCCCCGCCUUCACCCUCACUCUCCGCCCCUUCCUUCCUGUCCCACAAGUUUUAACUUCUCCCCCAACCAGACCACCUCGAAAACCGGUUUCGCGGGGGAGAUGGAGACUCAAACAUUGGAACAGGUCACCUGGUGGAGCCUCUACUCUGGGGAAAAUGAUGAUGUGUACCCGUCAGUGCCUCUACCAGAGCUAUGCCAUAAGGCGGAUGUCCAGUCUUUCAGCAGAGUCUUUCAGCCAAGUAUUUCUCUCAUAGUGGCCGCUUUUGGCCUGGCAGGCAAUGGCCUUGUCUUGGCCACCCACCUCACUGUCCACCGGGCAGCCCGCUCACCAACCUCAGCUCAUUUGCUCCAACUGGCCUUAGCGGACCUACUUCUGGCAUUGACUUUGCCCUUUGCAGCAGCCGGAAUUCUGCAGGGAUGGACACUGGGCAGCAUGCUCUGCAGAACUGUUUCCGGCCUCUACUCUGCCUCCUUCCACGCAGGUUUCCUCUUCUUGGCUUGCAUAAGUGCUGAUCGAUACGUGGCCAUAGCACAGGCUUCCCCAGGGGGCCAAAGGCCCCCAGCCCCUGGCAGGACUCAUAUGGUCUCCGCAGCAAUCUGGCUGCUUUCCAUAGUGCUGGCGCUGCCCUCUCUACUCUAUGGUCAAGAUGGGCAGCGAGACGGACAAAGGCGAUGCCGACUAGUAUUUCCUGAGGGUCUGACCCAGGCAGUCAAGGGGGCCAGCGCCGUGGCGCAAGUGAUCCUGGGCUUUGCGCUGCCCCUCGCAGUCAUGGUGGCCUGUUAUGCCCUGUUGGGCCGGACACUGUUGGCCGCCAGAGGGCCAGAGCGCCGCCGAGCACUGCGCGUAGUGGUGGCCUUGGUGGUGGCUUUUGUGGUCCUGCACUUACCCUACAGCCUAGCCUUGUUGUUGGAUACCACCGACCUGCUGACUGCCAGAGAGCGAAGCUGCUCAGCUAGCAAGCGCAAGGAUAUGGCAUUGUUGGUGACCGGUGGUCUGGCCCUGGCUCGUUGUGGACUCAAUCCUAUACUUUACGCCUUCCUGGGGCUGCGCUUUCGGCAGGAUCUCAGGAGAUUGCUUGGAGGUGGGUGCUUCCGACGCAGCUCCAGUCAGCGAGGCCGCUGUCCUCGCCGACCCCGGCUUUCUUCGUGCUCGGCUCCCACAGAGACCCACAGUCUCUCCUUUUAGCGAACUCUUGUUUUCGAGGAACUGGGGGUAGGUGUAUGGGGGAGUGGGGGGAGAUGGGGAAAUGGGUAUGUGUGUACAGGAUAUUGGAUGUUACUGGGGAAAAGGAAGAAGAAGACACUGGAGAGCAUGGGGACACAAGUAGGUGUUGAAAAGAAUUUCUUCUGUUUAUUUUGAGAUUAAAAUUCAAAAUCUAACUUGAUUAAGAGCAAGCAAGAUUAUCAGAAAAUUAGAGAUAAUCAACAUCUGUUAGGAUUUUCUUUUUUAUUUUUAUUAUUAUAGCUUUUUAUUUACAAGUUAUAUGCAUGGAUAAUUUUUCAGCAUUGACAAUUGCAAGACCUUUUGUUCCAACUUUUCCCCUCCUUCCCUCCACCCCUUCCCCGAGAUGGUAGGUUGACCAAUACAUGUUAAAUAUGUUGAAGUAUAAGUUAAAUACAAUAUAUGUAUACAUGUCCAUAUAGUU